GCCGGGUGUCCCCGCACAGCCCGACGCUCUGUGGGCGCUCCCACACGCGGGAGGAAACCCCGCUGGGUUUGGUGUUCGGCUCCCAGCAGUGAGGGACAAACGUGCCCCAAAAAAUGGGGGAUUUGGGGUGCCCAAGGGAGCUGAGCGGGACGGGGUUAUUGUAGUGAGGGAGCUGGGCACGGGGCUGGCUGUGGGAGCGGUUUUGGGGAUGAGAUAAUGGAUUUUAGGUGGAAUGGGUCAAGGAAACAGGAGUGGCCAAACAAUCAUCCCAAGCAUUUGGGGUUGGGAUUCUCCCUUCUGCAGGAAAUGUGGUUGGCGGUUCCAUUCCUGGUGGGAUCCCCCGGGAAGAACUUCUUUACCCCGGAAUCAUUGAAACUAGAAAUACCUUUUUCUGGAAGAGCCAAAGGAUUCCUUAUAGAAAGGUGCCAGUCAGGAGAGGGAAACCAAGCCCUUUGUGUGCUCCCCACUCCUGGGGGUUUGGGUGACAGCAGGAUUUGGGCAGAGCCAAAGAACUUUCUGCUUCCCUUUAUGUGAAUUAUUGGGAGCAAUUCUGAGCCAGCCCAGUGCAAGGAGAGCUGGGAGCAGCCAGCUCGGAGCCAGAGGGUGAUAAGCUGCUUUGGGAUGAUGGAUGAGAUCUGUCUGCUUCCCAGAUUGCGGUAUCUCCUCAAGAAAUUCAAUAUUAAAAUGUUACGUAUAGCUCUGCUCUCAUUUCCCUCUUUUUUCCUUCCUAUCUUUUUUCCCCAGGAAAGAGUCAGACCCAGAGCUGGGCAGGCUGCCAGAACCCUGGCUAGUUUUCCUUUAAUUUCUGGAAAGGUCUGGGUUUCAUAUCCAUAUAAUUCCCUGCCUAACCGCAGACCAUACGUGCCCAGCAGAGAUCCAAAGGGGUAAUGGAUUAUGGGAAUUCUGUCAAAAUCCAACCCUGCUGGGUGAAAUGUGCCCUUGCUUCAUUGGGCAACAGGUUUGCAUUGGGACAGGAGAGCAAUGAGCAAACAUUCCAGCUGUUCCAGGACUUGGGGAGGAGGCUCUGCUGAGGAUAGGAAAGAUCAGAACAAGCUGAUGUUUAACCCGUGGGGGGAGGUAUCCCACAGGGAGCUCCUAAUGGACAUACUGGGAUUUGUGGGAUGUGCUUUAGCAAGAGGAGACCAUCAGCCUCUGGGGUUUCUUGUAUCUCACCAAACACAACCAACAGGUCAAUGACAAUGUCAAUAACAACAACAAUAAUUAUAACAACAACAACAAUUAAUAAUUAAUAACACAUCAAUAAUAAUGGAUGUGCAGCACCUCUGCCUGCCCCAGUCUUAGGAAAUGGAACUUCUCCAAUUAUGAAGGGGUUUAAAUCCCCCGUGUUCUCAGAUAAUAACUCAACAGCCAGUAGAAAAACAGAUUUUUCCCAAAAAAUGUUGGCCAUGCUGAACAUUCUGCUACAGGGGAAUGUUUGGUCAGACUGCAGGGUGGGAGUGGGAAUGCUCUGCAGGGCCCACCUGCCUGGCUCCUGCUCCGCCAUCUCCCAGACCUCACCUCCCUGCUGUUAUUUCCUGCUCCUUUAUCUCCCUGCUAUUAAUUUCCGCUUUCUUCGUCUCCCUUAUCCAUCAUCUCCCUGUUCAUCAUCUCCUUGUUCAUUGCCUCCCUGCUCAUCAUCUCCCUGUCCUACAUCUCCCUGUCCUCCACGUCCCUGCAUCUCAUCUCCUGGUCCAUCCUCUCCCUGCUCAUCACCUUCUGUCUGUCCCCUCCUGCUCCAUCACCUUCCAGCCCUUCACCUCCUGCCUAUCCCUUGUUGGGACGGCAGCGCCGAGAUCCCGAGGGAUCCGUCGGAGCCCCCCGGGUGCCUCCCGCUCCCCAGCCCCCCCGAGCCCCUCGGGAGCCUUUUCCCCCCCGCUGCCCGGGGGCGGUGGUGGCGGGGCGGGACCGGGGGCGGCCCCGGGCACGGUCCCCCAGGAGCGGCGGCGGGAGCCGGCGGGAGAUGCCGUACCUGCUCAUUAGCACCCAAAUCCGCCUGGAAGGGACACAUGGAUUAUGGCACUGGAAGGAACAGCCUGGAGCAGCAGGGCUCAGUCUGCCCUUCAGAGGCUUUGGAAGCUCUACUCUUUACCAAAGGGGCAAAGCAAACAUUUCCAGCAUGAAACUUGGCAUCGAGCUGAGGCUGGAACCUUCCCAGGAGGCUGGGCCCACCAUGGUGGGCGACGAGCACUCGGAUCCCCACCUGAUGAGUAUCCUGGGGGCCACAAAGAGGACCACACUGGGGAACAACUUCUGUGAGUACUACGUGAACGACGCUCCGCGCGUGGUCCUGGACAAGCUGGAGAGCCUCGGCUACCGCGUGGUCAGCAUGACCGGCGUGGGCCAGACCCUGGUCUGGUGCCUCCACAGGGAAUAGCCAGGGAGAAUCCUUCAUUCCACCUGGACAACAUCCUGCUGGAGAUCAUCUUAUAGGACUGGCAGCAAAUUUUCCCCCCUUAAUUCCUUCCUGUCCCAGACUCCAGGCACUCGGGCAGG